AAUUCUGACCUGCAGCGCGCGCACAUUCAGGGAAGUUGUUGUGGAAGAAUAAAAGUGAACGUGAGCCCCGCGAGCUUUCUACAGGAGACAAUGAGCAGACCUGCAUCUGGCAGUGAAUCUGAGGCAGAUGACUUGGAGUCGCUCAGUCAUUCAUUGUCUAUAAGAGUAGAAUAUUACAGCUCGUUUGAAUAUUGUCUAAAGUGGAAAGAGUCCAUGUAUUCCACACGCUCCUCCAGACUCAAAAAGGCCUCUAAGAAGAGCCCUCAGAGAAGUCCCAGCCCCAACAAGGAAGAUAUCAAGCGCAAGUUGAAGGGGAAGAAGAGGCAGAAGAAGACCGAAACUGGCGACGAUACAGUUAAUACAAAUAAGUGGAGCAACUGGGACCUCAUUGACAUCAUCAAUGACACGCAUGAUGCCACACCUCUGGCUGAGGAGGUUGAGAGAAAGUCUGUGGAGGUCGGUGCUAAAGCAGUGGACGAGUCAGAUGAAGACUGCGUGUCUGUCAGCAGCAGCAGCAGCAUCGCCUCCGGUCCCUCCUCCUUUUGUCCCACCAACCUCAAGAGAUGGAGGUCUAUCCAGAGCUCAUGUUCCGCCUGUCAGAAGCUCUACCAGAGAGCAGAGAAGUUGAAAACGCCAAUCAAAGACAAACUCUUAGACAAUGAUCCCAACUCUCUGACAUGUGACCACUGGGUCCUGAUCAAGCAGUGGAGACCCAGAAGGCUGACUUAUGCAAGAGGGAAGCUAAUGACCCAUGUGAAGCUGGUUAAGAAAAGACUCAAGACAGGUGGGAAGCGAAGUGAGAUGUACGAGAGAAAGUCAUCAACCUGCUCACGACCGCACGCUUUCCUACAGAGGAACCUUCGGUGCUGUGUCAGAGUGCCAACGAAGGAGAGGAAGAAGAAGAUUAGGAGGAAGAGGGCAAGAGGUGAUUCGCAGGGUUCUCGUGCUGCUAAGCAACGACGUCUCCACAGCAACAGUCCCCACCAGCACCUCAGUGGAAGCUAUACUUGUGGCAGCAGCCCUCAGCCAACCAGCAGUCCGAGCAGCUGUCAGGCUUUUGAGAGAUGUGACGAUCGAAAAAGCGACAAUCGAUCCGACAAACUUGAGUCUGUUGAGGUGAGACCCUGCACAGUCACCCUGGAAUCCAUCAAGAUGAAAGAUCUUACCCCCAAGAAAAAAACACCAAAGAAGAGUGGAUUCAGAGAACUGCUCUCCCAGCUGCGCGGCAACAGCAGCAUGAUCGUCAGAGAAAAAUGUUAGUGAGGUGACUCCACUUUGUUUUACACUCCUCUUUAAAUGUUUUAUACAGCUGCUGUGUUCAAGUGCUGAUGGAGCUUGUUCUUGUGUUGCUCUGUAGGUUUUCAGUGGCCCCAUACACACCUGGUAUUAACAUCCGUCCUGAGAGAUCCGAUCACAAGUGGCCAGCGCUAAGUACAUGUGUUCACACCUGACAUUGAAGUGUCUCUUGUGAUCGGAUCUCACUUCCCCCGCUCUACAUGCAAAUUAAAACAUACAUCUUUUGUGUUAGUUCAGACCAAACAAUGUUGUUUUGAGUCUGAGUUAACAGAGGGGUCCGAUGGCACUGUGUAUGUUCCUGUAGAUAUUUGUCAGGACGAUUUUAAGCAUAGACCCCACAAAGUGAGGACAUUUUUGGAAAGUGAGGACAAGGUAGAGAGGCAAGUCAGGAAUCUCUGAAUGCAGCUGUGAAGAAAGAUUUGACGAAUUUGACGAAAGUAUCAAUCAUUAUUUGGUGAUCAGUGUCAAUCAACGAGAAGAGGAAAAAAAACGAUUUGAUUCAUAGUGAAACUGCAGCAGCUCAGAGGACGUCAGCUGGGUAGGAGGUCCCUGUGGCUCAAGAUGGAUGUUUACACUGUGUUCACACUGCUAAAAGAACUGUACUUAGAGCUGUGAUCGGAUUGGAAAAACCACAGUUUAAUACCAGGUGUGUACGGGGUACUGGCUAUGUUCUCUGAAUGUGAGUUUGUAAAAAACUUCAGAGCCAGAGCACGACCGAUUUCUCAGUUGGACGAUAAUAUAGCCGAUCUUUUUCAGAUAUCGGUAUCUAUCUAUGUUUUCUGAUAUAAAAAGUUUUGUUUUAUAGAAUAAACAAUGCAGAAAAGAUGCACAUUUAUGUUUACAUUUUACAUAAACAAUUAUCUUUAUUUUCUUAA